AAGACAAGAACACUCACGAACGAAUGACACGCUCGAAACUUGGGGACUCUUCAAAAUUGUGAUUUGUGAAUCAAACCAAGAGGAGAGAGAAAACCCAUUCCCUCUCGUACAUUUUGCGCUCCAACCUUCUUCAUCCUUCCUUUCCCCAGACCUUACGCGAUAUUGCAAGUAUGAGCUUUACUGGUCCUUCAGUUUCUGCCGGUGGUAAUGCUGCAAGAAAGGUUUAUGAGUUUGGACGGACUUAUGUAAUUAGGCCCAAAGGCAAGCAUCAGGCAACUGUAGUGUGGUUACAUGGUCUUGGUGAUAAUGGUGGAAGCUGGUCACAAAUUUUGGAGACCAUUCCUUUGCCUAAUAUCAAAUGGAUUUGCCCAACUGCUCCAUCCCGACCUAUUAGUUUAUUUGGCGGCUUUCCGUCCAAUGCUUGGUUUGAUGUACAAGACAUAUCGGAAGAGGCUCCAGAUGACGAAGAGGGACUGGAUGCAACUGUGGCUCAUGUGGUAAAUUUGUUGUCAACUGAGCCUACUGACAUUAAACUUGCUGUUGGUGGCUUCAGUAUGGGUGCAGCAACUGCUUUUCAUGCUGCUUUGUGCCAUGUUACCCGAAAGUAUGCUAAUGGAAAUGAGUUCCCAGUCAAUUUGAAUGCAAUUGUUGGGCUAAGUGGCUGGCUUCCUUGUGCUAAGUUUGGCUUCUUGAGCUUGAGCAGCAAGUUAGCUGUCAAUGAGGCUGCAAGUCGUGCUGCAUCCUUACCCAUAUUACUUUGUCACGGAAAAGCUGACGAUGUUGUUCAAUACAAUUUCGGAGAGAAGUCUUCAAAAGCAUUGUCUUCCAAUGGAUUCGACGUCACAUUCAAGUCAUAUGCUGGGCUUGGCCACUAUACUCACCCUGAAGAGAUCCAGGAUAUUUGUAGUUGGCUCAAAUCAAAAUUAAAUCUUGAAGGUUAAACGAAAAGUCGAAAAUUGAAAGAGGGGGGAAUUUAUUUAUACGAUUUAGGUUGCCCUUUUACAGUGAGAGUAUAAGUAGUUUUAGAGUUCUCCAUCUUUACUUUGAUUGUUUCAUUUGUUUGUUUUGUAUUUGUAUGGUUCGACAUUGGUGAGUCAACCAAAUUUGCACUUCGCAUUGUCAGCUUGAAUAAUUAUUUGCUGUUGCUUUUUUUAACAUUGACUUCUCGACGUAAUUGCAA